AGCGAGGGAUAACACCGAAAUCGUUUACAGGAUACACGCGAUUAUACGCUCAAUUCGGUAUUGACAUUUGGGCGUACGAAACGUCAUAGUAGAAAACGUAUGCGAUCAUGGUUUUGUCAAAGAGAAAUAGCGUUUAAACCUAGCUAUUUCAUAACGAGGUCUUUGUUGUUCGUUAUGUUAAUUAAUAUCAAUAGCGUAUAUUCACACACGGUCAGGGAGUUGAGGUCGGCACGUCCAGUUAAGAAGAGUUAAACGAAAACCGAAUGAUGCUGAGUAGCACCUGUCUGGGAUUUCGAAACAGGGUGUCGGUAAAAAUGGCGGCCUGCAGAGUAAUGUCUUCUGUCGCUAGUAUGGUGUUCUCUGUAUGAAUUAACGUAAAUAAAAAAAGAUUAUUAUAAAUUUUAGCACCCGUUAAGGGUUUUCUUGUAGUUAUUGUUAACAAUGUCGUGAUAAAGCCGUGCAGUUUUUCUUUGCGUGAACUCAUGUAGAACAGUUGUUGUUGUUGUUAAUAUAUGAUUAAUAUACCGGUUACUGGAACCAGUGGCGGGGGCAAAUUAUGUGUCUAGCCUAUUUUUAAUUAUUUACUCGAGUUGAAAUUCAGGUGAACAGUGAAUGGACCAAAGUCUGUCUGACAGGUGCGGAACAACCAUAACGCCGGUCUCUAAAGAGGUUCAUGGAAAAAACGAGAUCAGUUCGGCGUCGAGUAGCACAACUUCUCACGAUGACGCACUCUUCAGCGCUUGUUAUGGAACGGCCAAAGAUGAGCUUAACAACGUGGAACCAGCUCAAGGCACACAUACUCCUGCAGCGAGAAAAGAAAAAACAGGAACUGGAAGCCGAUCAAGCGAUACAACAGAUGAAACGCGAAAUGGAACAAAAACGGAAAAGGGAUGCGAUGACAUUAGAGGAGAUCAAGGAACAGGUAGCAGCUUCGGAGAAACGUCUCCAAGAACUCCAGACUGAAAAGCAAGAGCUAGUUCUCCAACUCAAAAAGGUCUUACACGAGGACGACGCCAAACGUAAGCUCCAGCAGCACGAACAGCAGCAUCUUCUUCAACAACAUUUUGCCGCCCAACAGCAGCAGCACGCCCAGCAGCAACAAGCCGCCCAGGCUGCACAACAGCAGCAAGCAGCCGUUACCGCUGUACAACAACAGCAACAGCAACAACACGUGCAGCAGCAACAGCAGCAGCAGGUAGCCGCCCAACAGCAACAGCACGCGGUCGCUGCAGCUGCCGCGGCUCAACAGCAUCACAAACUGCUAUUGCAGGAACAACAGGCAGCGGCAGCUGCUGCAGCUGCUGCCGCUCAACAACAGCAGCAGCAUCACCAACAGCAGCAUCAAGUAGCUGCAGCGGCGGUGGCGGCGCACCAGCAUGCGGCCCAACAGGCAGCAGCUGCAGCAGCGGUUGUUCAACAAGCUGCACAACAGCAGCAGGUGCAGGCGGCAGCGGUCGCGGCACAGCAACAGGCUGCCGCGGCGGUGGCAGCGGCUGCUCAGCAAAGGCCGCAGGAGAUGCCGAGCCCAGUAUUUAUGACGGAUCAACGUUUUAUGGCAGCCGCUGCAGGGCAUCCAGGAGGUCAUAAAGUUGCCGCACCUCAACCGCAUCGACCGCCUCCAAUUAAGAGACAUCACUCACCGUCUCCUCCUACCAGUACGGCGCAGGGGCCUGGUAACUCAGUAUUUCCUCCAGGGGGCUAUCCUCCGGGACAUCCUUUCAAAGGACAGACCGCUAAUCAGUCACAGGCAAGAUUUGCGCCAGCACCGGGUCAAGGUUCGCCUUAUGGAAACGCUACUGGCAAGCUAGGUGCAUCGGCCGGGGGGGCAUACCCUUCGCCCUCACCUGUUUACUACGUGUCCAGUGGACAACCGGGAAGUCUCCAGUAUCCAUUCCCAGCUCCGUAUGGGCAACCUGGGCCGGCUCAAGCAGAUAAGAUGGUCGCCUACCAUCCCGGCCACCCUGGGCAUCCGGGGCAUCCGGGUCACCCAGGUCAACCUGGAGUAUUCAGCCCUCAGCAUAUGGCCGUAAUGUCGGCUGCAGCAGCCGAACAUAAAAAGCUUCAAGAACAAGCGGUCGCAGCGGCUCAGCGUCAACAAGCAGCUGCCGCGGCCGCAGUAGCUGCAGCUCGUGGAGAACAGCAAGCUGGCCAAACACAGCAGCAACAGGCACAUAAAAACAGCGCGGGCGGAAGCAGUGGGGUACCGACAUCAUCCGCUGCGGCCGUGGCUGCCCUUCAGCAUCAGCACAUGGUAGCAACAAUGGCUCAACAACAGCAAAUGGCCGUCGCUGCGGCUCGUCAGAGAGAGCGGGUCGAACGUGAGGGUCGGCGAACUCCACUCACGGCUGUAUCAGGCCAUGGUGGUCGUGAUCAACAUAAACAAAUUACGCCCACGUCAAGUGCAGCUGCUGUUGCUGCAUUCCAGCAUCAACAGCAACAAUUGGUUCAAGCGAUGCAGCAGCAGCAGAGAGCUGCUCAUAUCGCCCAGCAACAAGCUCAACAGCAAGCUCAGCAACAAGCGCAACAACAAGCCCAGCAAGGGGGAAGGUUCUUCUAACAACCAAACCAGAGAUUCGCCAGCGAUUAACAAACAGAAAGACAAAUAAACAGUCAGUUAUCAAUUUCGGUCAUGUUUCUGAUUUUAACACGCCAAGUCUUGGAGGCGGAAAAUGCCGGAUGUCCGAAAAAUUUCUUAAUCGUGUUCUAUAUUCUUCUCACUGCUGGUGAAAACUGGAGUCUCUACAGUUUACCUGAGCCGUUUCAGCCGUUAACAGCGAGCCGCUUGCGUUCUUCGAGGACGCUGAUAAAUAACCAUUUGGACAUGUUGUAGUUCACUGUUGGAGCGGAAACAACAAGAAUCAUAUAUAUACAUAUAUAUAUAUAUAUAUAUAUUCUGUAUAGUGUGCUAUUGACUUUCUAUGCAUAAAUAUCAACAAGCAAUCCUUGUUGGCUUUCGUUAGAUUAGGCCAAGUAAUCAUAUUCAUUUACUAGUAUCAUAUGUGUAGUUUUUAGUAUCCCUUUAGUUCAAAGGAGAUAUUUUGCUCAGUGUUUGUACCUAAAAGAGUUCCAGAAAAAAGAAAGAUUGUUACUUUUUUGUAUUUAAGAAGCAUUAUAACGACGAUUAUAAUCCUGUGGUAUUUAUAGUAACGUUAGUAAAUUGUAGACACUCUGUAUUUCAUUGAACACUCGUUCGAGGAAAAAGAUUAAAGACGACAAAUACAUCUGAAAGCAAUUAAAACAGCCAUUUUUAUGAAGGAUGUACAAUCCUAACAUUUAUCACAUACAUAGAAACCGUAGUCGCCAUGAUGGAUGUCAAUUGUGGGCGCGUAAUUCCUUAUUGAUAUCCCAGUGCAGACAACUACACACACACACGAUAUUACAACGGGCUAAAACGGCAUAAUUAUUCUUCUGUGAUCAAAUCAAUCUAGGUAUCAUGAGUAUUAUGUAUAGAUAAUUUUCUGACAGUGUAUGUCUAUGCAUGCAUGUGACGUUUAAUCGAUAAGCAAUCGAUUAGAUCUCCUAGUGGAUAGAAAUCCAUCUGUACGUGGCGGACUGAUUGCGAUAGAUAGAUAUAUAUAUUAAAAAAUAUUAGAAAGAAUAAAUGAGUACGUAGAUAAACAAAGCUCGUCGUUAUGUAGAGAUAAUAGGGAUGAGGAAAAGUGACAGGUGUAAUUUAACGAAUUGUAUACGACAAUAAACAA